UCUAAAACACUCGUCUUCCUCCUUCAGUCUCACUUCUCCGUUUCUGCUCUGGUACCAUAGAGCUCCACCUGUUCUUCUUGUUGGGUCGGGGAUCACAAUGACCUCGGAAAAGCACGUGGCCGUCCUCGCGUUCCCGUUCACUAGCCACCCCCCGCCCCUCGCCAACCUCCUCCGUAAGCUGGCCGAAGCCGCCCCGGACGUCCGCUUCUCUUUCUUAUGCACGCCCCAGCCCAACGGCGACCUCUUUCCCCCUUCGUCGAGGGCCCAGCUGCCGCCCAACGUCGGGAUCUACGACGUCGACGACGGCUUGCCGGCCGGCCAUCGCGGAGCGACGAGGCUGCACCCGCGAAAGCAAGGGGAUAUGUUCCUCAAGCAAGCUCCGGAGAGUUUUCGAGAAGCCAUCGGUGCCGCCGAGCGAGAUGCGAGGAGGAAGGUGAGUUGUCUGCUGAGUCACGCUUUCUUAGUUUUUGCAUGCGAGAUCGCGGAGGAAAUGGGCGUCCCUUGGGUGACGUUCUGGGUCCCAUCGCCGUGCUUUUUGUCCGCUUGCGUCCACGUCGAGGUCCUCGGUCGGCUCCGCCAUGGAACCUCCUGCGGCGGCGUGGCGGUGGCAGAGGCGGAUGACAAGGCCCUGGAGAUGGUUCCAGGUUUAUCGUUAUUUCGCAUGUCAGAUAUCCCAGACGAAAUACUACAAGACCAGAACACGAGGAUGGUGCCGAACCUGCUUCGCCAGAUGGGGCGCGUGCUGCCCCGCGCCACGGCCGUCGUCGUGAACUCGUUUGAGGAAGCGAACCCCCCACCCCUCGUGGCGGACUUGAAGUCCAAGUUCAAGAUUCUCCUCCACAUGGGUUGCCUCACGGUGCAAUUCCCUCCGCCGUCGCCGCCGCCCAGCUCCGCCUCAGAUGAUACUGAUUGCUUGUUGUGGCUAGAUGCCAGAGACCCUCGGACGGUCGCGUACAUAUGCUUCGGGACGAUGGCGAUGCCGUCACCCGACGAGGUGUCGGCCCUCGCCGACGCCCUGGAAUCCACCGGAACCCCGUUCCUGUGGUCGCUGAAGGAGCACAUGAUGGAACACUUGCCCAAAGGGUUCUUGGAACGGACGGAGGCGCGGGGAAAGAUCGUGCCGUGGGCCCCACAGAGCCGGGUGCUGAGCCACCCGGCGUGCGAUGUGUACGUGACGCACUGCGGGUACAACUCGGUGUUCGAGAGCGUGGCGGGGGGCGUGCCGAUGAUAUGCAAGCCGUUCUGGGCAGACAACGCGAUGAACGCGAGGAUGGUGAAGGAAUGGUGGGGGAUCGGAGUGGGAGCGGGAGCGGGAGCGGAGGGAGGGAUGAUUACGAAGGGUGGGAUGGUGAAGGCGUUGGAGGUUGUGCUGAGGAGCGAGGAAGGAAAGGCGAUGAGGAAGAAGGUCGGCGAGCUUCGAGCGAGGUUGGCGGAGGCUGCCGGCCCUGGCGGGAGCGUCGGAGCUGAUUUCAAGGCCCUUGUGGACUUGAUUUCUGCUUCUUGAUAAGCUUCGUUUCUAGUUCGUUUCGUGUAUGCUUUGUUUGAAACUCCCUCCACCAGUAGGCCAGACAGCUUCGGCGCGGCACACUGGUAGCGUUUUGUUGCGAAUUUGUUUUUCCGGUGGAGCAGGGACGGGUUUCGCUAAUGCCCGUAUCUUCCUGAA